GAGCUUGCUUCUUCCUUGGCUCCAGGCAGUUGAACUCAGAACAGAUGAACACUCACGCCAACGACCUGUCGCGGGAGGUCUCGUUGCAAGAACUCGAGCCUUCGCCAAUCGAGGACGAGUUUCCCUCGGACGUCAAGGACUCGUACUUCCCGUCCUCGGAUCGCUCAAACUACGACCAUGAAGCCAUCAAGCCCGUCCAGCGGACCUCUACCUUAGGUCUGGAUGCGCAUUCGCCCGUCUGGUACCUCACCCGCGUCCACAAGUACUCGAGUUACGCCUUCUCCGUCUUCACGGCCUUCCACAUUGCCAACACGUCCAUCAUCCCGCUUGCCACACGCUCGGUAGCCAAUUCCGAGCGCUAUCUCUUGCUCACUCGUCCUUACUACCAAUCGCCUAUUGCCGAACCCUUCAUUGUUGUCCUACCCUUGCUCGCCCACAUUGGCAGCGGUGUUGCCCUUCGCCUCUACCGUCGCAAGCAGAACCUCAAGAGAUAUGGCGCAGAGAACAGGACGGAUAGACGCAUGGUCGCAUGGCCCAAGUUGUCGGGUACAAGUGCGCUAGGAUAUGCUCUGGUACCACUGGUCUUUGGACACUCCUUUGUCAACAGAAUCAUCCCCUUGUGGUACGAGGGUGGCUCUAGCAGCAUCAACCUUGGCUACGUCUCACACGGCUUUGCCAAACACCCUGCUGUCUCGUUCAUUGGCUUCGGUGCUCUGAUUACCGUUGGAGUUUGGCACUCUGUCUGGGGUUGGGCUAAAUGGCUGAACUGGACGCCAUCGCAAGUCACCCAAGGCGGACCAGAGGGCCAGCUCAUAAGAAAGAGAAGAUGGUAUGUUGUCAAUGCAGUCAGCGCUGUUGUCAGUGCACUGUGGCUAGCUGGAGGUAUGGGCAUCGUCGGCCGUGGCGGCGCAGUUGGAGGAUGGGUUGGCAGGGAAUACGACGAGCUGUACAGCCAUAUUCCUCUGAUUGGCAACUACAUGGCUUCUUCAUAGACCAAGGGGUCUUUUUCUUCUCUGUACUCUUCGAAUACCCAACUCAGCGCAAUUUGAUCACGUUACUUCUAGACAAGUAUCCUACCUCCCUAUGUGCUAAAUUUUGUCACCUUUAUAGCCAUCUCUCGGGACCGCGACUCAGGCCAUCUGGGCUGGAGGAACGCACAAUGCUUUUCAGACCAGUGCGUCCCUCCACUGGGAAGCGCUA